UUUACCAACUUUUUGUCUAUAAACAUUGAUAAACAGAUAUCUGGAAAAUCUUUCUAAACAAUAUAAGACAUCAUGACAACGUUUGAAAUGGAAACCACCAAUACAUCUAUUGAAACUGAAAUGAAUACAUCAAAUGCAUUCAUUGCACUGGGUCUAUCAACUUUACAGACACUUUUAAACGCGACAGAUUAUGCUACAGUACUGCCUUCAACAAAAGGCGCCAUAUUGCGUCCGCGAGUUCCCGUUGUGUCCGUAGUAUCCUUUGUGCUUGGAGUAAUUGGGAAUAUUCUUGCAAUUUGCGUAAUAUUUCGAUCUCGAAAACGCCACAGGUUGAGUGUGUUUCAUAGACUUGUAGUGACAUUAGCCUUUACUGACUUGUUUGGAAUUAUAACAACAUCCCCUGUAGUUUUUGCCGUUUUUUCUGGAAAAGCUAGUUUGAAAACGAGUGAAUCAUUAUGCAACUACAUGGCCUUCAUGAUGAUAUUUUCCGGACUAGCAACAGUUCUUAUAGUUGGUGCCAUGGCUGUGGACAGAUAUUUUGCGGUACUUCAUCCAUUCAAAUAUAAAUCUGUUAAACAAGACUUUAUUUUUAAAUUGGUUAUAUCUGGAAUAUGGCUUUUUUCUAUACUUUUGUCUGCGCUGCCUUUAAUUGGUGUAGGUGAAAACGUUGUACACUAUCCCAAGUCGUGGUGCUUUUUUAAUUUCUUUGGUGACCGAGUAGAAGACAAGAUAUAUGGAUAUUUUUAUUCCGUACUGGGACUUGGUAUUAUUUGUUUGACAGCUAUAAUGAAUUUGCGGGUGAUUGCAGGAAUAAUUUCUGGAAGAAGAAGUGUUUUAAGGCGUGGAAGUAUAUCGAACAAAAAAUCACGAUCCAGAAAAGACAUUUCUAUGUCCGUGUUUUUAGUUGCAAUAGUUCUAGUGUUUGCCAUAUGCUGGGCGCCAUUCAUGAUAAGACUCAUCAUCAAUCAAAGCCGUACUGUUAAACGAAACAAUAAAGCAGACUUGCAUGCCUUAAUCCUUGCAAGCUGGAACCAAGUCCUUGACCCCUGGGUUUAUCUUCUAUUCAGACAUGAGAUGCUCAAGCGAUUUGUCCAUUUGGUAGAAAAAUCCCGAGGAGGAUCGGCAUUGAGACGUCUAGUAAGCUUAACGGGAAGCUUUAGGAGCACAUCAUCUGGUUCCGAAAUGACACAUAACACAGAAUCACAACAAGUGCAAAUUGAUUCGUGCGUGGGUGAAGAAAUGAGACAAAAAAAUGGAAGAAAACCCGAGACUUCUGAUGUCAGCGAUGAAAGAAAACCCAUGACUACUGAUAUCAACGAUGAAAGAAUGAUACAAGACAAAGUUUCAAUAUCUGACGAUGUGUAAAACUGUUCUUGUUUUAAGUCACCUUACUUCAGUUAAGUACAGUAUCUAAAAGUAAACUGCAUGGUUACGGUAAUUGUAUUACUAACAGCCAACAAGGACAUGUUAAACGCAUACACUCUUUUUUUUUUUUUUUUUUACUAAAUUUCUUUAAAGUUAUACUAAAUUAUGUAUUUUAUUUAUUGAGAAUUAAAGAAAUAAUUUGGUGUACAAAUAAAUCACAAUUUUAUCUAGUACAGAAUUUUUAAUUACAGUAACAGUUAGAUUUCUAUUUUUAUAGUCUAAUUAUACAGGGGCGGAUCCAGGCAUUUUUAAAGGGAGGGGUUCCAACUAUAUGUCCCCAUUAAAAUGUAUUGAUGGUCCCAAUAAAAGGAGUUCCAACUCCCGGAACACCCUCCUAGAUCCGCAUCUCUUGGGUAACAAUCAUUUUCUAUUAUUGACCAGUAAUUACGACUUUAUUCCACGUUCACACUGUUUAUACCAACUGAAACAAUAGUACUUGUUAAAAUCAAAUUUUACACAUUUAGGAGGCAGCACAUACAUUCAAAUUGUCAAGUAGGUAUAGUAUUCAAGUUAAGUGCAUUAUAAAGAGAACAAUGUAUGGAAAUAAAGUUUAAAUCUAUAUUAGGAAAGAAAAGACAUUGUUUGAUAUCUGAUUUUAUUAUAUUAUUGUUUGCCAACAUAUUUUUGUUAUUUCUUCUUCAUUUUUAUUUUGUUUGUUAGUAGUGAGCCUUUUUUGUUUAACUAAGUAGGUUAGAUUGUUUAUGUUCGACAUAAUAAUAUUACGUCAUCUUUGUAUACAGAUUUUUUAUAAUACAGUUCUAAGUUAAUGUGUUUUUUGCAGAUGUUCAUUUUAUAUCACUGACGUAUCGAAAAAAAUUUCUUCACAUUCAUGGUCACAUUUUCAUCAUUGAAAUUAAAAGAUAUGAACUCUACGUUUAUAUUGUAAAAAGUGUUGUUAUGUCCAUGAUUCAUAUUCAUUGUGUUUUUCUGAUAAAAGACACUUUCGGAAAAUCUUAAUUAAUGCUAAUCUAUUUUAGAUAAUCUAAAAUAUUUGCAUGUGUUUGUUUAUUUGUAGGUAUUAUUUGCUUUAGUCUCUUCACAUAUGGAUUGCUUUUAACUUUAACACGUGUUUUUGGAGACAAAAAUAAUCUAUUGAUUCCUUAUAUAAUAUAGGAAUGUUUUUACUGUGUCAAGAAUAUUGGGGGGCUUUUUCAAAGUAAAUUUAUCUUAUAUACAUUCGACGCGCAUUGACAGUUUUAAAAAAGGGGAGGCAAAAGAUUUGAUAUUCGACCUUACAAAUUGAAAACCAACUAAGUAAGUCAGGACUUACAAACGAAAAAGGAACGAAGAGACGAACAACCAUAUACAGCAAGCUCAACAUUCAGGAACUGAAGACUUACGUUGAUUUUAGGUGCCCCAGAAGAAAAAAGCAUAUCGAGGUUAAUGGAACUAUGAUAAAAAUUAUUAUAUACCUUUGAUACCCUGUUGACGCACCUUUUAUAGUUUUUUCGUUUUUUCGUUUCCACUACCCAAUCGGUGAAUAAAUUGUAAAGAAACUAAGGUUUCAACUCUCUCAAUCAAAGUUGGUCUCAUAUGAAUGUUUGCUAUUUAUUAUGUCUUUCAUAGUCAUAAAUAACUCUUCAACUGUUCAUCCUUGACUUCAAAUAUUCGGCUUUGAGAGUUCCUGAUGAAUGUUAGUCUAGGAAAGUGCCUAGGGCUAGGAUGCAUGACGUUUUUUUUUUUUAUAUCUGAUCAUCUGUAAACUACUGCCGCCUACGUUUAUUAUAUACCAAAAGUAAAAGUUUUUACAUGACAUGACACCAUUCAUAAACAAAAAAGUUAAAUUUCAAAAAUACUGAACUCGGAGGAAAGUUCAAAACGGAAAGUCCCUAAUCAAACGUCAAAAUAUCGGACUAAAACAGCCGUAUUCGUGACUUAGUACAGGCAUUUUCUUAUAUAGAAAAUUGUGGAAUAAACCUGGUUUUACAAGCUAUGCCAUAUGAGAGGCUAAAUAGAACCUUUGGAACCCUGACUUGAAUAAAUUACAUGACGUCAUAUAAUUUGAUGAAGUCUUUGCAACCGGGCUGAUAUCGAUAGCAUUACAGAAGGCCGAUAUAACAUGAGAUUGCAAUUGAUUGCAUUGAACAUAGAAUAUACUAUUUAUUUCUAGGUGUAUAAUAUGAUAUUGCCAUUUCAUUGUUUAAAAUAAGAAAUGAAAUAAAUUAGAAAACAUAUCAUUACGCGUAUACAUAGGUGUGUGAGAGUUGUUCGGUUUUGAGAAUGACGUCAAGUACAUGGGGGUAUUAAUGUAGGUACUGUCAUUACGAAUAAUGGUACAAAGCCUUGCCAAAUGACGUUAACGGGUUAACACAUUACCGAUUAAUGAAAUAAUCAACUGAUAUAAAUAUGUUAUUACCUUUUGUUUUGCUUUUUUUAAUGCUUAUAUUAUAUAUGUAUUUUUGUAUGCUUAUUUUCUGUGUAUUAAAGUAAAACAAAAGUA